AAGACGAAGCGGCCCCGAUGUUUCCGAAAUAUGCCGAAGAUGCCAGACUGGCCAACAGGAAGCAACAAUAUGGCGGCGGCGCUAGCGCAGUUAGCCCGUGAGCUCGUCGUGGCGUGAACGCGGGCGAGCCGUCAUCAUGAGCCUCUGCGCGCAUUUUUUACGACAGGCAGAGGCCCUGAAGGCGGACAUGACAGACUCCAAACUGGCACCGGCCGAGGCAUGGACGUCCCGCCAGGCCCUGCAGGAUUUGUACCAGAAGAUGCUGGUCACUGACCUGGAGUACGCCUUGGACAAGAAGGUGGAGCAGGACCUGUGGAACCAUGCCUUCAAAAACCAGAUCACCACCUUGCAGAGCCAGGCCAAGAACCGGGCCAACCCCAACCGCAGCGAGGUGCAAGCUAACCUGUCACUGUUUCUGGAGGCGGCCAGUGGCUUUUACACUCAGCUGUUGCAGGAGCUAUGCAGCGUCUUCAACGUCGACUUACCGUGUCGCGUCAAGUCUUCGCGACUGGGGGUUAUCGGCAACAGACAAAACGGCGGCGACGGCGCCAUCGUGACGCCGCAGCCUAGCUCUUGCUCGUACAUCUGCCAGCACUGCCUGGUGCACCUCGGCGACAUCGCACGCUACCGCAACCAGACCAGCCAAGCCGAGUCCUACUACCGACACGCCGCCCAACUGGUCCCGUCCAACGGUCAGCCAUACAACCAAUUAGCUAUCCUGGCGUCCUCCAAGGGAGACCACCUGACCACCAUCUUCUACUACUGCCGCAGCAUUGCCGUCAAGUUUCCCUUUCCCGCCGCCUCCACCAACCUGCAGAAGGCGCUGUCUAAGGCACUGGAGAGCCGCGAGGAGGCGAGAGGCAAGUGGAGCGUGUCGGAUUUCAUCAAGGCCUUUAUCAAGUUCCAUGGCCACGUUUACCUGAGCAAGAGCGUGGAGCAGCUGGACGCUCUGAGGGAACGUCUGGAGGAGCAAUUUCAGAGGCUGAUCCUGCAGAAGGCCUUCAGCUCGCAGCAGUUGGUGCACAUCACCGUCAUCAACCUGUUCGAGCUGCAUCACCUCCGUGAGACUGCGGACGACGGCCAAUGGGCAGUUAGCUGGUUUCAGCUGCUUGGACUUUUUAUGUCCUUCCUGGGCCUCAUGUGCAGCCGGGUCCUGCUCAAUAAGAACUGCGGCGACGAGGAGGAGGAGGACGCGACAGGCGAGUGCCCCCUACCGGCCAUCAAAGUCUCUCUAGACUGGAUGCGCCUGAAGCCCGGCGUGUUCCGCGAGGCCGCCGUGGACCAGAGGCAACACGUCUGGCCGUGGCUGGUCUCCAUCCUGAACAGCUUCCAGCCCAAAGACCAGCACGUGUCGUCAUCCUCAGUAACGCCGCUGCCAGAAGAGUUUGAGCUUCAAGGCUUCCUUGCCCUCCGCCCGGCUCUCAGGUCAGUGGACUUCACCAAAGGUCACCGGGGCGUCCCAGUGGACCGCGACGCACUUUUGCUGCGCACACGUCACCAGAGGCUCGUAGCGCUGGGGAAGUGGAUCGCCGAUAACCAGCCGGGGCUCAUGCAGUGUCGCGCCGGGGAGGACGGCCUGCUCCUCUUCCUCAGCGACAUUCCCGAGCGAGCCAUCGAGGAGCCGGAGGAGAAGGAUCCCUGCGUGCUGCAGGAGGCAUCCAAUGGCGAGCAGGCGACGGGCGGCCUCAAGUCGGUGCUGUCAGCCGGAAAGACUCCCGGCUCCUGGUCGGACGGCGCCGAGCGGCCCGUGGUCACCUUCAAGGAAAACAUCAAACCUCGGGAGCCCGCCCGCGCCGCUCUCCCCAAGGAAGGCGGGAAGGACCGACGCGACUUCCCCAAAGGGAACGGGACGGCGCCCAAAAGCGAGCCCAAGAGAGACGGAAAGCGGAAGUGCGAGACCAAGAAAGCCGUUCAGGAGAAAGUUCCGGACGCUGGCAAACAGGUGAAAAGUCAGACUGAAGUGAGGAAGACUCCGGUGUCUGAGGCCAAGAAGGCUCCAGCAACUCCCCCUCAAGCUGCCGCGUGCUCUUCCCAAUUCAUCCCCAUCCACCAUCCUGGAGCCUUUCCGCCCCUGCCAAGUCGCCCUGGGUUCCCCCCAUCUGCUUUUGUCAUCCCUCCCCCGGUGGCGUUCCCGGGCCUGCAGGUGAAUCCGGGCUUCGCCUUCUCGGCCGGCGUGUCUGUGCCGGCGCCCUUCCUGCAGCCGGCCACGCAUACGCAGGCGGGCUCGCAGGUGGCCGCUGGGGGGAAGCAGUCCCACAUCCCGUACAGUCAACAGAGGCCCUCUGGGCCUGGCUCCUCAGCUCCGGGCCCUCAGCCACCGCCCUCCCAGCUGCAGGUGACGUCGCCCGCUAAGCCAGUCCAGCAGGUCGCCGUGGCCAAGAGUCCGCCUCACAUGCAGCAGGCUUUCCUGCAAGAUCCUCAGUUGUGGAGUCCAAAUCAAGCGGCGGCACUGCAGAAGCUUCCUGCGUCGGUCCAGAUGACACUCAAGCCGCAGAACUUCUACAUGCCGCCUCAGGAUGCUCUGAAAGUAUACGAGCAACAAAUGGCGCCGCAUGGCGCCGCCCUGGACAAGAAGAUGAAGUUCCCGCCCUAUUGGGACCCCUCCUUCCGGGUGGCGGAGGACAGGAUGAAGAGGGCUCCCUCGGCCGGGGAUCAGGAGACUGGCGGGCUCAGGGGAACCCCCUUUGAGGAGCCCAAAAGCUCGCCUCUCCUCCCUCCCGACUUGUUAAAAUCUCUGGCCGAUCUGGAGGAAGAGGACGAGCUGCUCUUUUCUAAGCCUCCCGAUUUCUUCCGGGUUCUGUCCGCUCCUCUUAGCUCGCUUCCCGGACCCAACAUGUUUCUCCCCAAUCCCAGCAGACAACCGGACGGCGGUCCCGACGCGCUCGGCCAGUCUGGUUCGCUCAUGCCCGUGCAGGAGUACAACCAAAACAGCAUCUUUAGCCAGGCGUACGGCAAGAACCUAGCAUCCGGCUCCAAGGAGAACACUCCAGUCAUGCACCAGGAGACUUCCUUGUACUCUCUGUUCGAGUGGACGCCGUGGUCGCCCUCGCUGCCCGCCAGCUCAGAUCACUCCACGCCGGCCAGCCAGUCGCCGCACUCGUCCAACCCGAGCAGCCUGCCAUCCUCGCCACCCACGCACAACCACGCGGCCGCGCCUUUUUCCAACUUCGGGCCAAUCGGAACGCCGGAUAGUCGCGAGCGCAGAACGCUGGACCGCUGGAAGGCCGACAAGCCAGGAGGCCUGAGCAGCUUGGGUCUGGACUAUCUGCCGGCUGCGGUCUCAGGUGCCGGCUGGCACCAAAACCCACCCGGCAGCAGUUCCUGGACCAAUCAGGAGUCUCCCAUGGAAGAGACGUCCUCCAGCGUGCUGCUGGACAGCUUCAAGUCCAUUUGGUCGAGCUCCAUGAUGCAGCCGGGCCCGUCGGCGCUGGAGCAGCUCCUGCUGCAGCAGAAGCAGAAACAACAACGAGGACACGGUAGCGUCAACCCACCGCACUGAUUGGCCGCAGCGGCCGUAACAAUUUAACCGACGCCGACGACCGGCGACGCACGGCAGAUGCCGGCGGGACGGGGAGCGACGCCCCCAAUGAGGCUCCACCCGAGGCCUACCGCACCGGGGAACGGCCGGAUGCCCGCAGCGGCCAUCGCAGCGCCGGCAAAACAUACUCUCACACACAACAAAAGCACAGGCAGAACAAGUUUGUCCGCGUCCGACGUCCUUCCGGGCUUUUCGGUGGCCGUCUUUGGCGAGUAUGAGGUAGGAGACCGGGACCCCGUGAGGUCGGGUGACCCGAGGUUGAAAUUCCGCACUUGACCUUUUCUUCUCUGGACGUGGAAAACUUAAUUCAAGGAGGGAAAGACACGGCCUAGUUAGUGAUUUUGUCGUCUUUUAGCCUGACGGCUGCUGUAUUAACCUCGCUCGCAUAUUAGCUCGCGUUAACUUUUCUCGCGUAAUUUCUCAAGCAGACGGGAAGUUGUCCGGACUGGGACUUUUUAACGGCGCCGCGCUUUUUAAGGUCAACGACAGCGCAGCCGUUUUAUUUUUAACGUAGGCGUCACCAGUCAAGAAGGUGGGCGCGUGACGGCUGAGCCAGAGCUCCGCGCCCUCUCGGGUGAAGAGGAAACGCUAACCGUGGCGGCCGUCGUCAACUUCCCGCUGCCGCUCGUAUGAACUUUUAAACUGUAAUAAUCUUGUGAUGAAGAUUCUGCUCCCUUUUUCUGUCCUUGCUGCCAAUAAAUUGGAAAUCUCUCAUGCUA